CGGGGACGCCGCAGAGAGGUCACCGCGGCAGCGGGGCGCGGGCGGGUAAGCGGGACAACCAUCCGCGGGUCCCGCCGCCGCGGGCCCGGGAGACUCUCGCCCGUUGCUAUGGAGACCGGCCCGCGGCGCGCUGGCGGCCCCGUGGACCAAUGGCAAGCCUCCGGGCCGGCGCCUCCUGGUGACGCACGCGGAAGCGCGAGCAGGCCCCGCCCCGGGAGGCAGGACCGGCGCAGCGCUUCCGGGAGCCGGCGGCCGCCCGUAGCCGCAGCCUCCGGUGCCCCUCCAGGAGUCGCGGACGCGAGGCCGAGGCCCCACUGCCCGCGCACGCAGAUGCCCAUCCAGCCCCCCAGCAAGGACGCGGAAGAGAUGGAAGCAGAGGGCGACUCUGCCGCAGAGAUGAACGGGGAGGAGGAGGAGAGCGAGGAGGAGCGCAGCAGCCAGACCGAGUCGGAGGAGGACAGCUCCGCCUCCCCCUACCACCCACUAAACAAGUGGGAAAGCCAAGGCUUCCCGAAGUGCAGUGACCCCCGCCCCGGGGACCCAGCUUCCUGCUCCAGCUCCCUCGGGGAGGCGGUCCCGGGGCAGGGCUCACACCCAGUCCUGACCUGGUCUGGGGGCACAGAGUGGUGGGGCGACAAACUGCAAGCCAGAGGCAGCUCCAAGACCUGGGACGCCCUGCCACCCAGCAAGCGGAAGAAGGCGCCCCUCGUCUCUGGCCCCUACAUCGUGUACAUGCUGCAGGAGAUUGACAUCCUGGAGGACUGGACGGCCAUCAAAAAGGCCAGGGCCGCUGUGUCCCCUCAGAAGAGAAAGUCAGAUGGACCUUGACGCUGCUGUUCACAGCCGAGGGACCCCCAGAGCAGCUGGCACCCAGCCCAGAGCUCGCAUUUUCCCGCUGCGGGGAGGCUGGCGGGGAUCAGCCCCGUGGGCACGGGCUCCCUGAGUUCUGCUCCAGCCAGCACUGACCUGGACUCCUCUGCUCCUCCUCUGGGGCCUGGGCACGGGGGCCCUGGACAGGAAGGACUGUCUCCGCCACGCCCAUGGUCCCCUCCCUGUGUGCACAUGCAUUUCUGGAUUCAAAGCCGCGUCCUCCCCGCUCACCUCACGCUGGCUCCCGGUCCCUGAGCCAGCGAGCUGUGCGGGGCUUUGGGCCAGAAAUGACGGGGGCUUGGCUCUCGCCGGUCACGAGAAGCCAGGCUGCCCAGGUCUUCUCAGGGCGGUUUCGGUGUCUGCCUCCCAGCUUUCGGGGACUGGAAUUAAAGCCUUUUCUGGGCCUCUGUGUGA